AUGCAGUUGAUUAGAAUCGAUGACAGAAACGUUAUUUUGAUCAAAGGAGGAACGGUAGUAAACUGCGAUUUGGUGGUUCGGGCGGAUGUACUGAUUCGAGGUGGAAAAAUCAAGCAAGUUGAACCCGACAUUGAAUCAGACGGAGCACAUGUCAUCAUCGCUGAGGGAAAGUAUGUCAUGCCUGGGGGUGUCGAUCCACAUACGCACCUCCAGCAUGCUCAAGGAGAUGAUUCCAGCGCAGAAGGCUUCUUCGCCGGAACUCAAGCUGCGGUUGCUGGUGGAACAACGACGAUUGUCGAUUCGGUUAUUCCGGCUGCAGGUGAGUCUUUGAUUGCGGCUUUUGAAAAGUGGAAACGCUGGGCUGAUCCUAAAGUGUGCUGCGAUUAUGCGCUGUCAGUGGCGAUCAGACACACUUCCGAGAAAACGUUUCAAGAAAUGGAGACUUUGUGUAGAAACAAUGGAGUCAAUUCUUUUCUUUUUUACAUGGACGACGUGAUUGAUCCACCGCUGACCGAUGGUGACCUGUACCGGAGCUUUAAACGAUGCCGACAGAUCGGCGCCUUGCCGCGAGUGCAACCUGCGAAUGGAGAAAUAAUCAAAAUAAUAGAACAGGAAAUGAUUGAUAUGGGCAUUACUGGACCAGAGGGUCACGUGUAUUCUCGACCGGAAAAUUUAGAAGCGGAAGCUGUAUCUAGGGUUGCUUUACUUUCCAAUUUGGCUAACUGCCCAUUAUAUGUCUUGCGUGUCGCAAGCAAGGGUGCCACGAAAGCGCUGGCAUGGGCUCGUAAGAAAGGCUAUGUCGUAACAGGAGAAGUGUUGGCGGCAUCCUUCUGUACGGACAGCUGCAUUCAUGAAAAGAAUGUGAAGAACUCAGACGUCCGUGUGACUUGUCCACCAUUGCGAUUUGACCGUGUCACUCCCACUUUCUUGAUAAACCGUCUCGCUUUUGGUGACCUCGAAAUGACCGCCAGUGACCACAGUAUUUUCAAUGCUGUCGAGAAAGCGGCCGGAAUAUCAGAUUUUAGAAAAUUGCCUAAAGGAAUCAAUGGCGUUCAGGAACGAAUGAUGGUCACUUGGGAAAAAGGAGUUAAUUCGGGCAAAUUCGACCUGAUGCGGUUCGUGGCUGUUUCCAGUACCAGCGCUGCCAAAGUCUUCAAUAUGUAUCCUCGAAAGGGUCGCAUCGCGGUUGGAUCAGAUGCUGACAUCGUAAUCUGGGAUCCUGAAGCGACACGAAAAAUUACUGCUAGAAACCAAACCCAAACGUUAGAUAUGAAUGUGUUCGAGGGCCAGAUUUGCAAGGGAGUUCCAUUGGUGACCAUUUGCGGUGGAAGAAUAGUUUACGAAAAUGGACAGGUAAGAUAA